AGGGGGGGUGGAAACCGGAAACAUUGCUUUGGCUUUUUGGGUCGGAAAAACUGAAAUUUCAACUGUUCUUAGAAUAAGGAGGGCGAGCGCGCUGCUCCAACGACAUGACUCUCUCUGCGUUUGUUGUCUUUUUUGGCCUGUUUGGUUUUAUACUGGUUUUUUUUAACUUCUUGGGUUUCUUGUAUGAUGACGAAAGCUCACAUUUUCUGUCUUUUACUUCUCUUCUGCUCUAUGCACAUAUUACUUUUUUCCAACUCAUCCCAAAUGGCAUACAAAAGGGACCUUUCUGUCUUUUACUGCAGCUCCCUCUCUCUCUCCGUUUCCUCUUAUCUUGAGUGAUUUCCCAGGAUUAGGUCAGGGUUUUCUGUUCUUGGAAUUUAUCUAUUGUUUCUCGGAUCAAAAUACCCCCCUCCCAAACGUCAAAACGUAUCUCAAUGUGUU